AUGAGAACAAUAUGGAGGCGUAAGCAAACAGCUCAGCAGAGCUUAAGGAACAUGGAAGGAAUAUGUUUUGAACAAUUAGAAAGAUUAACUAAACAUUCGAUGCCAUCGAUACGAAUUUCAAUUUUAAUGUUUUUCUCCAUCAUUUCACUUGAAUUUCUUUUUAAGCAGACAUCUAAAUAA